UAUGUAGGUAAAUCCCCUUUUCUUUCCUUUACGAAUAUUUUGUCUACGAAAAAACCAAGGCGGGAAAGAUUUCUUCUUGUCCGUGGAGGCCCCAGUCGUUAUCGUUUGGUUUAAUCAGAGAAGCCAGCAAGAUCGGAGAGACUAGAGAGGGAGUGAGAUUCAUGGCGAAAGGUGAUGCCGCGGAGGGCAAGUCCGCGAUGCCUGCGCCAUCUGUUGUGGUUGAAGAGCUGCCGAAGACUAUUGUACGAAGGUUGGUGAAGGACAAACUCUCCCAACUUUCAUCAUCUUCCAGCGAGAAGGCAAAAUCCGACGAAGUUGGAGAUGAGGAGAUGAUGCUUCACAAGGACACCCUUCUAGCCUUCUCUGAGAGCGCCCGAAUAUUCAUCCACUAUCUUUCCGCCACGGCAAAUGACAUUUGCAAAGAAUCUAAGAGACAAACUAUCAAUGCAGAGGAUGUUUUUAAAGCUCUUGUUGACAUGGAAUUUCCGGAGUUCAUUCAGCCACUGAGAGAUUCCUUAGGAGAGUUCAGAAAAAAGAAUGCUGGGAGGAAGUCCGGAAAUAAAGGGAAUGGGGUGACGAAGAAGCGAAAAUCUGAGGAAGAGCUUCCAGUAAAGGAUGAGAGUGAAAGCAAUGUUCAUGAAGAAAAGAAUUAGCGUCAGUUCUCAUUUGCUGCUGAGAAUUUUGAACUCCGUUUGUCUUGUUUGUCUUGUCCCGUGUGUUCCCAGUUUUAUUUUAUCUAUCAAAUUAAACAUUUAUAUGCUUAAUGUCAUGAACAGAUUUUGCAUUUAAUAUGCGUCAUUUAAGUCUUUAGAUCAUGAAAU